GAAAGAAGACAGAAAGCCUGCAGUGCCCUGAGCUGCUAUUCCCAGUCUGGGAGAGAAGAGUGUUCUGAGCUGAGAUCUGGCUUGGUUUCUGUCUUCUGCUCAUAAGGAACAGUUGCCCAAAGCCUUCCUUUACAAAGGGAAGGGAAGACCAUGCAGAGACCAUGGAGCUGUUCUCAGGCAGAGCAGUGCAGUGUGGCUUUGUUGAAGUGGGUCUCUAGCAGGUUUCCUAUAAAUCUGAGGAUGCGGCAUUCCUACCAGUGAUAUGCUGAGUAGCCCAACCAGCCAAGGGUCCUGCUUACUCGUGUGGAGAAGACUUGUGUGUCACAGGGGAUGCAGAGAAGAUGACAGUUGUGCUUGAACUGUUGUUGCCUUUGGGCUGGAAUAAGCACACUUAGCAUUUGGGCAGAACUUCUCGCCUGGAGAUCUCGAAGUGCUUGAUCAGCAUUUCACCAGCGAGUCCAUCCAUGGGUACUGAAGUAUGGUUACCUUUACAGUUCACUGGAGCUGGCAGAGUUCCCUACUUCAUGUGGUCGCUGUGCACUAGCAGGAGCUGUGCAUUUCUCCCUCCUACUCUGCCCUUCUUCCCCAGUUGUUUCUCUGGAGUGGAAGCAGGUCCUUUUCCCAUUUCAUAUGGGCUACUACUUCAGAGGCUUUUCCUCGUCCUCUCCAGCCUUGGAGAAGGGGAUCACCAGAAACUGGAACGUGAAGCUCGAAUCUGCCGACUUCUAAAGCAUCCAAAUAUUGUGCGGCUCCAUGACAGUAUUUCAGAAGAAGGUUUCCAUUACCUUGUCUUUGAUCUGGUUACUGGUGGGGAGCUCUUUGAGGAUAUUGUUGCCAGAGAAUACUAUAGUGAAGCAGACGCCAGCCACUGUAUUCAUCAGAUACUGGAGAGUGUGAAUCACAUUCACCAGCACGAUAUCGUGCACAGGGACUUGAAGCCUGAGAAUUUACUACUGGCAAGUAAAUGUAAGGGUGCUGCUGUCAAACUGGCUGACUUCGGACUGGCUAUAGAAGUCCAGGGAGAGCAGCAGGCCUGGUUUGGGUUUGCUGGCACUCCAGGCUACCUCUCCCCUGAAGUCUUAAGAAAAGACCCUUAUGGAAAACCAGUGGAUAUAUGGGCCUGUGGAGUGAUUCUGUACAUAUUACUAGUGGGGUACCCUCCCUUUUGGGAUGAAGAUCAGCACAAACUCUAUCAGCAGAUCAAAGCCGGAGCCUAUGACUUCCCAUCACCUGAGUGGGACACUGUGACUCCAGAAGCAAAGAAUUUGAUCAACCAGAUGCUGACGAUAAACCCAGCAAAGCGCAUCACAGCUGACCAGGCUCUCAAACAUCCAUGGGUCUGCCAACGAUCCACUGUUGCUUCGAUGAUGCACAGGCAGGAGACUGUGGAAUGCUUGAGAAAGUUCAAUGCUAGAAGGAAGCUAAAGGGUGCAAUCCUCACAACAAUGCUUGUGUCUCGGAAUUUUUCAGCUGCCAAAAGCCUGCUGAACAAGAAGUCAGAUGGAGUGAAGCCACAGAGCAACAACAAAACCAGUAUAGUAAGCACUGCAAAAGAAACACCCUCAGUGCAGACGUCCAUGGAGCCUCAAACAACUGUUGUCCAUAAUGCUACAGAUGGCAUAAAGGGUUCCACAGAGAGCUGUAACACCACGACAGAAGAUGAGGAUCUGAAAGCUCCCCCUCUCUCCACCGGGGAUGGCAGCUCAGUGCUUGAAGGACGGAGGCACAGUGAGAGCAAAACACAGACUGAGUCCAUGCAGUCCCAGCUUUCUCUCUGUUUCUCAGCCAUGCGUAAGCAAGAGAUCAUUAAGAUAACAGAGCAGCUGAUAGAAGCCAUCAACAAUGGAGACUUUGAGGCUUAUACAAAAAUCUGUGAUCCUGGCUUGACCUCAUUUGAACCUGAAGCACUGGGGAACCUGGUUGAAGGAAUGGAUUUCCAUAAGUUUUACUUUGAGAACCUACUGUCGAAGAACAGCAAGCCAAUACACACCACCAUCCUGAACCCCCAUGUCCAUGUCAUUGGUGAAGAUGCUGCCUGCAUCGCAUACAUCCGCCUGACACAGUACAUCGAUGGCCAAGGCCGGCCCCGCACCACGCAGUCUGAAGAGACCCGCGUCUGGCACCGCCGAGAUGGCAAGUGGCUUAAUGUCCACUACCACUGCUCUGGAGCUCCUGCAGCACCUCUCCAGUGAGGAUCAAAUACGGCAACUUGUGGAGAUACUCAGCUGGAGGGCAAUAUCUUCUUAGCAAGCAGCUCUGGAGUGCCUGAGUGACAGCAACGGUCAUGUCUGUUUUGACGUUAAAAAAAAAAAUAAUACAAAUUACAAACAGGCAGCAGCCAAACGCACGAAACCCUGCAUGCAUCUGAUGCUCCGGGCGCUGCCUUUCUGUUGUUUUCCAUGGAUCCAUCGUGUCUGUUUCUGCUGUACGAAGGUGUUUUUAAAUCUUAAAAAAAAAAAAAAAAAAGACAUGUUGUUUGUAUAAAAUAAUAAAAACCAGGAAUAAUGCUAAAUAAAUGACAGAUUAUCCAACAUGCCCCCUCCCCCAGGGCUAAGAAAAUGGCAGCAGCUGGAACAUCUUUCGGAAAUGAAGUGAGGGGGAAAGCAAAAGUGAAGGAGAGAGAAAGAGAGAGGGAGAGCAAAAAUGGAAGCGGCUUGAGCAGUGGAUGGCCGAACUGUGCUCCGCAAAGCCGUGGUGGAAGUUAACAUCGCAUUCAGGCUGUGCUGCGACUUCAGUCGGUGAGAGGUGGCGAGGAGACCCCAGAGGAGCCAGUGUGAAGACUGGGGUUCAAGAGAGAGGAGGCACUUCUCUUCCUGUUGCCCAGCAGACUGACUUCAGCCUGUUUCUUCUUCAAUUUCUGCACAGCAAGAACGCUAUGGAAAGCUGGUUGCUCGGCUGCUGGAUCCCAAAACAGACUUUUUUUUUUUUUAAAGAAAAAAAACAAAAUGGGAUGUUGAAUUAAAACUAAAGGUGGAGGUAGGGAUUAAAAAAAAAAGGGGUUUAAGUGAAUAUAACUUAAAUAGAAGCUUGCUUUUCAGAGAUACUGGUUUUAGAAACAGCCACUACCUGGCGAAACAUGGAGGUUUGAAGCCAUCUUAUUUAAUUUAACAAGACAAAAAAAGCAUUGCAUUAAGAGCAGAGAUUUGGGAGGAAGAGGGUACAUGAAUGGGAUUUUCUAUUUUUUUUUUUUUUUCCUUUCUAGUAGCAUAGUUGGGAUCCACAGUGCUGCAGAACACGUGUUCCGUAGGAAGCAGACAAAAAACUUAGUGUUACGUUCUUCAUGAAAACUUGCACAUACACUCCUAUAUGAGGCAUAAAUAGCGUGUGUUUUUUAUACUGAAAUAUAUGCACCCAUAGAAUUAAAGGGGUUACCUGGCCUCCUGUUUGAUUUCUUUGGUCUCCUAGUAAAAUAGUAGUGGGAGCCAGCAGCCCCAGCCAGGUGCUUCUCCCCACCACUAACCCAUCUGAUGUUUGUAAGUGUCAUGUUUCCUAGUGUUUAUUUGGGUAAUUUUUCUAUUUUUUACAGUGAUGUUGUAACACAGAAAACUAUCAGAUCAGAACCUCAGAAACUAUAGCUGCGGGACUCCAGGCCACCUCCCUGUGUUGCCUCUGGGUGUUAGAGGAUACCUCAUGAAGCAGAGGGGGAAGGGAAUUAGCACAUGUGAUCUGAUGUUUGUCCUUUGGGCCAAUUCAUCUUCCUUUCUUUUCUUUGCUGUAAAAGGAGUCCAUUUUCUUUAUUCAUUGGGUGGGGAAUGUGGAAGUGUUUUGUUGACCUUGCCAAGGAGGGAGCCUAGCCCCAGGAAGAAAAUGGCCUUUCUGGUGGACCUGAUAGGAUUUGUCUUGACCAAGGGAAGGCAUCACUUCCAGAAGUUGGGAUGGGCUUUUACCUGAAUUUCUGCCUACCCCUAAUCAUUUUUCAGAUUUUUCAAGGGAGUUAAAGUGAAUGCAUUGACAGCAUACUAAGUGUGAGACAACCUUUUUACAGACUAUGGAAGAGAAGAAAGCCAAUUUGGAAUUUCAAUCCUUAUUUAACAGAAUGCAGAAAAUAAAAGCUGUUGCACAAAGUGAAGCUGUCACUUUGCAACAGAUAGCUCUCUGCUUCCUUUAUUGGAAAGGUGCUAUCCCACACCAGGAUUAGAUCAGCUAACCCCUGAUGAAGGAGAAGACCAUCUGUCCCCAUUUCCCAGGUUUCUCUGAGCAAAUACCCUUUCCUUCCUCCCUCCGCCACCCCAGGGAGGAGUGUGGGGAUUGAACUCAUGGGGAGCAAACACUAGAUUUUAUUAUUUCAAAACCAUUUUAAGACAGCACUAAGCCAGUGAGUGAAGUGGAAAAGUGGAAAGCCUUGAUAUUUUAUUCAGUUGUGUUUUUUUUUAAGCCACAAAGAGAGAGCAAACAGGAGAUUACAAUUAUGCCAUUUUAAAAAGAUAAAUACAAAACAUGCAUGCCUUCUUUAGGUCUGAUCUUCCAUGUCUCUUUACCUGAUGAUUAUUAAUGAUUAAAAAGAAAACCCUCUGUAUUAAAUAUCUGCAUCUUACAGAGAAAAUUUUAAAAGAACAGAACUGUUGGGUUUUUUGGUUUUGCACAGUCUUGGAGACAAACUCUCUUUUGGGUUUUUUUUGUUUGUUUUGUUUCCUUUUAAGUUAAUGAGAACCUUAGCUUGGUAUGGCCAUUAUCAAACACAGCUGUACACCUUUAGCAUUCUUAAUGUUCUCUUAUGGGGCUAAUAUAAGCAUCUAUAUAAUAUAUAUUAUAAAUAUCACAUUUUAAACAGGAAAUGGAAGGCAUUUGAUGCAGAAUUUUUGCAUGAUAUAGAAAUAAUUAAAGUUAGCUAGUGUUUGUUUGUUUGGUCUGAAUGUUGGUAGAACCUUCAUAGCUUUGUUACAAUGAAACCUUGAACUGAAGAUAUUUAAUAAAAUAACAUUUAAACAGUG